GCCGCCAGCGUCUCUGUGCGGGCCCUCGGCGGGCUCCGAUUUUGCGGCUGUCGAGGCCGUGUCGGGGCCAUGUCGCGACACAGGCGGGUCCCGCGGCGGCAGCCCAGCGGGGCCUCGGGGGGCUCGGCUGCCUCCGCCGCGGUGCGCCCCCGGGCCGAGGCCCUCAGGGACGUCGGCGUGGACGAGGCGGUGGAGAUGGCGGUGCAUCUCGCCCUGGAGCGAUUCCAGAGCGGGGACGAGGCGGAGAUGGAAUUUCCUUCUAGUUUCACUAGUACUGAAAGAGCAUUUGUUCACCGGCUCUGUCAGUCUCUUGGACUGGUAUCUAAAAGCAAAGGAAAAGGAGCCAAUCGAUACCUGACUGUAAGGAAGAAGGAUGUAUCAGAACUGACACAUGCAGUCAUGACUUGUGACUUGGCUCUCCGUACAAAACAUGCCGUUCGGAGUCUAAUUCAGAGCUUUCCUGUCACAAAUAAGGAACGGACAGAACUCCUGCCAAGGACAGAGCGAGGAAAUGCCUGUGCUGUUGAAUCUGAAAACAAAGAAGUGAACAAGACAAGUGGUCGACUUAAUGAUGGUAUUCCCCAGGUCCCAGUGAAAAGAGGGGAAUCAGAGUUUGAUUCCUUCAGACAAUCACUACCAGUUCUUGAAAAACAGGAAGAAAUUGUCCAAAUAAUAAAGGACAAUAAAAUUGUUUUGAUUAUAGGAGAGACUGGAUCAGGAAAAACUACUCAAAUCCCUCAGUUUAUCCUUGAUGACUGCUACAAGAAUGCAACUCCUUGUCGUGUGUUUUGUACGCAACCAAGACGUUUAGCAGCUGUUGCUGUGGCUGAAAGAGUGGCAGCAGAAAGAAAAGAGAAGAUUGGCCAAACAAUUGGUUACCAGAUCCGCUUAGAAAGCAGGGUUUCUCCAAAGACACUGGUAACAUUCUGCACUAAUGACAUGCUCCUUCGCACGCUGAUGGCAGGAGACAGCACCCUCUCCACCGUGACCCAUGUUAUUGUGGAUGAAGUACAUGAGAGGGAUAGGUUCAGUGACUUCUUGCUAAUAAAAUUGAGAGAUGUGCUGCAAAACCAGACUAAUCUAAAACUAAUUAUUUCUAGUGCUGCUCUAGAUGCAAAUCUCUUUAUUAGGUAUUUUGGAAGCUGCCCAGUAAUACAUAUCCAAGGAAGAGCUUUUGAAGUUAAAGAGAUGUUUCUGGAGGACAUUUUACGAAGCACUGGGUAUACAAACAAAGAGAUGGUAAAGUACAAAAAAGAGAAACAGCAAGAAGAGAAGCAGAAGAACACUCUUGCUGAGUGGUGUUCAGCUCAAGAAAACACUCACAAACUGUCAUCUCGGAGACAUAAAUCAGUUCCAAGGGCAAAUGAAGAAUACAAAUGGUUGGAUGAUGGUGGUGACACAAUAUUUAAUCAACUUACCGAGAAAGAUGUGAAUAGCCUCGAACCAUGGAUAGUAAAAGAAAUGGAUUCCUGUCUUUCUGACAUCUGGUUGCAUAAAGAUAUUGAUUCCUUUGCUCAGGUGUUCCAUCUUAUUUUAACUGAAAAUGUCAGUGUUGAUUACAGGCACAGUGAAACUGGUGCAACUGCUCUGAUGAUUUCUUCAGGGAGAGGCUUUUUGAGUCAAGUAGAACAGCUGAUCAGCAUGGGAGCAAGUAUCCACUGCAAAUCAUCCAAUGGCUGGAUGGCUGUGGACUGGGCUAGGCGUUUUGGACAGACAGAAGUUACUGAUCUGUUGGAAUCCUACAGUGCUUCAUUUGGAUUUGGAAAUCUGGAUGAAAGUUCCCUGGUCCAGAAAAGCAGUAGUGACCUUAGUGCAGAGGACAGAGAACUACUGACAGCUUAUCAUCACAGUUUUGAUGAUGAAAAAGUGGAUCUGGAUCUGAUAAUGCACUUACUUCACAGCAUCUGUCAUAGUUGUGAUGCAGGAGCAAUUUUAAUAUUUCUUCCUGGAUAUGAUGAGAUAGUGACCCUGAGGGACCGCAUUCUUUUUGAUGACAAGAGAUUUGCUGAUAAUGCUCACAGAUACCAAGUUUUCUUGCUUCAUUCGAGUGUGCAGACUUUGGAUCAGAAGAAAGUGCUUGAAACUCCACCUUCUGGCAUCCGCAAAAUUAUACUUUCUACCAAUAUUGCAGAAACAAGCAUAACGGUCAAUGAUGUUGUGUUUGUCAUUGACUCAGGCAAGGUGAAAGAGAAAUCUUUUGAUGCACUGAGUCGUGUUACAGUGCUAAAAAUGGGGUGGAUUUCAAAAGCCAGUGCUAUCCAGAGAAAAGGAAGGGCUGGGCGCUGUCAGCCUGGAGUCUGCUUUCGUCUCUUCAGCAGGCUACGAUUUCAGAAUAUGUUGGAAUUUCAAUCUCCAGAACUUCUAAGAAUGCCGCUUCAGGAGAUUUGUUUGUACACAAAACUUCUGGCUCCAACUAAUUGUCCAAUUGUAGACUUCCUUAUGAGAGCUCCUGAUCCUCCACCUUCUGCAACUGUGAGAAAUGCUGUGCAUAUGCUUAAGACCAUAGAUGCCAUGGACCCUUGGGAAGAUCUCACUGAGCUUGGUUAUCAUCUCACUGAAUUAUCUGUAGAGCCACACCUUGGUAAAAUGGUGUUGUAUGCUGUAGUUCUGAAGUGCCUGGAUCCUGUUCUAACCAUUGCCUGUGCUCUUGCCUGCCAAGACCCUUUUGUGCUUCCCACGCUGGCCUCCCAAAAGUGUGCAGCCAUGCUGUGCAGGAAGCGUUUUGCUGCAGGGACGUUCAGUGACCACAUGGCCCUGCUCAGGGCUUUCCAGGCUUGGCAGAAGGCACGCAGUGAUGGCUGGGAGAGAGCCUUCUGUGAAAAGAACUUCCUAUCCCAAGCCACAAUGGAAAUCAUUGUAGGAAUGAGAACACAGUUACUUGGCCAGCUUAGAGCUUCAGGUUUUGUGAGGGCCAGAGGAGGAGCUGAUAUUAGAGAUGUCAAUACUAACUCUGAGAACUGGGCUGUAAUUAAAGCUGCCUUAGUGGCUGGGAUGUAUCCGAAUCUUGUGCAUGUAGACAGAGAGAGCCUGGUGUUGGUUGAACCAAAGGAGAAGAAAGUGCGAUUUCAUCCUACCUCUGUUCUUGGUCAAUCUCAGUAUAAAAAGGUUGCCCCAGCAAAUGGACAAGCUGCAGCCGUCCAGGCCCUCCCUACAGACUGGCUUAUAUAUGAUGAAAUGACGAGAGCUCACAAGACAGCAAACAUCAGGUGUUGCUCUGUUGUGACACCUGUCACCGUGGCCCUCUUCUGUGGACCAGCCAGACUGCCAAGUAAUGCCUUGCAGGCAUCUUCAUCCUUUCGAGGGGGAGGGACAUCUAAUGAUAGCAGUGACAGUGAGAUGGAGGACAAAACAAUUGCUAAUCUGGCACUACUGAAGCUGGAUGAAUGGCUCCAUCUCAAACUGGACCCUGAAGCUGCUGGUAUGCUGUUGCAACUCAGGCAGAAGUGGCACAGUUUGUUCCUGCGUCGUAUGCGAGCUCCUUCUAAACCAUGGUCUCAGGUUGAUGAAACAACUGUAAGAGCAAUUACAGCUGUUCUGAGUGCUGAAGAACAGUCUGCAGGUCUGCAACAGCCUUCAGGAAUUGGCCAGAGACCAAGACCUGUGACUUGUGAAGAACUUCCUUUGGCAUCUACAUGGAAGUCAGCCAACAGCAGAAAAAACUCAACAGAAACUGAAUUAUCUGAUUCUUCUAAUGCUGAAAAGGUUUCAGUGAAAUGUACAUCUCCUGCACUCCACCAACCAAAGAAGUACAAAGAAAAAGACAUUUUGCUUGCCAAACGAUCCUCAGAGGACAAAUUACCUCAGUCCUCAGUGAAGCCUGCAGACAGCAGCCCCUGUGCUCGUCCUUCUUCUCCAGUGUCUGGAAAGGGUUUCAAAUCUCCUUCACCAAGACAAAACAUGCCAGUCCGGUACUUUAUAAUGAAAAGUAGCAACUUGCAAAACAUUGAUAUUUCUCAACAGAAGGGAAUAUGGUCCACUACACCAAGUAAUGAACGGAAACUGAAUGGGGCCUUUUGGGAGAGCAGCAUUGUUUACUUAAUAUUUUCUGUUCAAGGGUCUGGAUGCUUUCAGGGCUUUGCUAGAAUGGAUUCACCUAUUGGGUGUGAGAAAAGUCAAGACUGGGGAUCUGCUGGUUUUGGAGGUGUAUUUAAGGUGGACUGGAUCCGAAAAGAAAUAAUUCCUUUUCAGUUUGCACACCAUUUGCUCAACCCAUGGAACGACAGUAAGAAAGUACAGAUAAGUAGAGAUGGCCAGGUAAUACUACUGUCUUUUAAAGUUUUCUUUACUUGUAGAAUUGUGGAAUUUUUAUUAGCUUGUUUAGACUUGACAUUUAUCUCCACUUGUGAGUGUAUCUGCAAAUCUGAGUUCAUAGGUCAUUGGUGUAUUGUACAUUCAGCUAAUGCAGGAUUACUGCUGAAGUAAUGGAGCUACUUUGAUAAAAUCAAAACAGUUUCUUGCUUAUGUGUUUAAAAAAUUAUUUAAAGGUGGAUGCUUUCAAAAAGAAGUUGUUGGGUUUGUUUUGUAGUUUGUAAUUUAGUUCUGGAGGUUUUUGCCCUACUUGGUUGAGAUGUGUUCUCUUAGAUAGUCUGUCACACCCAAACAGCAGUUCAUAAUUGUAAGGUUUUUUUUCUGUAAAACCUGAAGAGAAUCCUGAGAUUGGAGGUAGAGUUAAGCUCAGGACAGUUCUUGUAUUUGUUAAAGCUCUAAAUGCAACUACAAAAAGCCAAAUUUCUGUGUGGCGGUUUCUGCUCUCUCCCCAUCCCCUCCCAAAACAUCUCCAUGAUGAUUCAAGAGCUAAAAUUCUUGUAUCACCUUCUCUUCUUCAAAAUCUCUCUCCCAUUGUAAGAAACUGGAGGAAAGGAGAAGUACAAGGAGUAGAUGACCACUGUACUUUUUGUGACCUCUCUUUCCACAUUCUCCACCACACUUGAUGAAAUUCAACUUAAAAAAUGUGGAAAAUAAUGACCAUUAGUUAGUAAGUGACUGAUCUGUGGGGAGGUACAAAAUAUCUGGUGCGUCUGUUCUUGUGUGUGGUGGUAGUGUGUUCACUGGGAAUUACCUUUUUUACAACUCACUAUGAAUGAAAACACUCCUAACAGCCUAUAGGCCAGGGUGGCUUGUGAAAGUUUUUAUGUCCUGCUGAGCCCUAGUAAGAAAACAUAGCUCUGCUGGGAGUUCUAAUGUUUGUCCCAAUAGCAAAAUUCUCUAGAGUUCUUCUAGAAGGGUUGAAAGCAAUCACCAGCAACCUCAUCUAACAAUUCAGUAAUAAAUAGUUUCUGUAUGCUCAAUAGUAGCAGUGCAAGUAACUUUCCUGAUUUCCUAAUAAUUUCUAGGAGCUGGAACCACAAGUUGGAGAGCAGUUACUGCAGCUUUGGGACCGUAUUCCUUUGGCAGGAAAAAAACUGACUGACCAUGCC